AUUACAGCUAAAUAGUUGGCAUCAUUUGUAAGUCGAUUUACAUCAUUCUUAAAUUGUCAUGAUAGACUCAAAUCACGCAUUAAAGUGAUGAGUAAUCAUUAUUUAGACUCAGAAGUGCAUUGUCUCGGCUUUAAAUUUUCUACGCGCCACAUUUUUUUUCCUCUUUUUUUUUUUUUAAUUAUAUACUAUGAAGGUUGUACGUGCAAAUAUCGAAAACUUUGACCAAGAAGUCAACAAGGCUGUAGAAAGCGGUAACCCUGUUUAUGUCGUCUUUUUUGGUAACGAAACACCCGAAACUUCUGAAUCUUGGUGUCCUGAUUGUGUUGUUGCUGAUCCUUUGAUCCGUAAGGCUGUCUUGUCUGUUGAAAACUCCAUUUUGAUUGAAGCUCCUGUUGGCUUCUAUGAUCAAUGGAAAGGAAAGACGGAUCAUCCUUACCGUGUUCGUUUCAAGUUGACAGCCAUUCCUACCUUAUUCAAAUGGACUGCUGCUGGUCCUGGUGAAGCCUUAGUAGAAGAUGAUUGUGCUGAUGCUGAUAAGCUUGCCAAGUUUGUUGGAAAAUAAACAAUGUAAAUAAAAGUAGAAAUCAUAUUUUAUAUCUCAGUCAAUUAUUUUAUUUUGUUUUUUUCUUUUACUUUCU